UCAGAUCUCAAGCUGACAUGUUCACACGCCAAUCUGUUUUCAUUUCCAGCAAUCUGCCAGUCUGGUCACACAUUGUCGCAAAGCCUUCGCAGCAAUGAGCCAUGCGUACCGAGCCUGCUCACAGCUGAGGGCUGGAUCCUUAGGGUGUGCGACAAGUCGAGCCCCAACAUUGAGUAGGAUCGCGGCAUGCAAGCUUUUCCCAAUCACCCAACCCCGCGCCAUUCAUGGACAUGGACGAACGAUACCUUCAGUACGAUCAGCGUGGCCGUCCUCGUCGUGUCCGUCGAACUGGGUCGCAGGACGCUGGUUGUCAAACACUGCCGCGGAAGCGCGAGCUAAGAGGGACGAGGACGAAGAGACCGCGCGCGAAACAAACCAGAGAGAUGUCGACCAACACGAGCGAGAUGUGAAGCAGGCCAUCUCCGAGACGACGAAGCAGCAGAUCCGGCGCCCGUGGCACAGGGAGGGUGCGGAUGAACCGCCUGUCAGCAAACACCGCACAGAGAUGAACCGGAAUAUGGUCAAGGGCAAGCUUCUUACCACGCCAACCCGUUUGCUCAAGCUCAUUCUACCACUUCCCGUCGACGCUGUCCACGACGAGCACGGCAACACGGGCGAGUUCCGUGCCCUGGGGCAGAACCAGGACAUCCAGCCUCUCGCACUGCUCAUACACCCGCAGCAACCCUUGUCAUAUCUCGAACGCCUCAUCCAGGCCGAGCUCCCGCCGACCACCGACAAAGACGGCCGCGAGAAGAUGCCCAACGUGUACUUCCUCGCGGAGGCGGCCGAGCGCGACGAGGACGGCGAGCAGCGCGAGAACCACAGCGACCAGGAUAAGGACUCGCACGUCGUGAGCUACUCUGGGCUCGGCCGCGAGGGGGAGGCCCCUCCCCCGGACUCCCACGAGGACUGGGUGCGCUGGAGCAGCAGCACCGAGAUUGGCGACUUUAUCCGCGACGCCGCUCGCGGGCGCGAGUUCGCCAUCGUCGUCGACGGCCAGUCCGAGAUGCGCGUCAGCGUGCCCAGCUUCAACGACCGCACGCACUUUAUGCGCGUCCGCCUACGCCGCCUGUCCCGCAAGAUCGAGGAGCAGAGCAAGAUCAAGCAGGAGUGCGACCGGCUUGCGCAUCGCGGCGCCCACAGGCUGGCGCAGGCUGGAUUUGGCGCGAUAUCGGUCUGGUGGGGCACAGUUUAUUACUUGACUUUUCACACCGACCUGGGCUGGGACUAUAUGGAGCCCGUGACAUACCUCGCAGGCCUGGGCACCAUCAUGGGCGGUUAUCUGUGGUUCCUCUUCAUCAGCCGCGAGCUCAGCUACCAGGCGGCGCUCAAGAUCACCGUCUCUCGGCGGCAGGCCGCGCUGUACCAAGCCCGCGGGUUCGACGCCAACGUCUGGGAGGCCAUGGUGCAAGACGCGAACGAGCUGCGGCACGAGGUGCGGCGGGUAGCCGAGGAGUACGACAUCGAGUACGACGAGGCCAAGGACCUGGGCAGCGAGGACAUGGUCGAGGUGCUCGAGAAGGAGGAGAAGAGGCAGCUCAAGAAGAAGACCAAGCAGGACGAGGAGGAUGAUGAGGACGCCGCCAAUGCGGCCAAAGCGCCCAAGGAGACCAAUGGGACCAAGGAGAAGAGCUCUGAGAGCAAGCCGAGGUCCAAGCAGGACUGAACCUGCAUGUAACAGGCUUUGUGCGUUUGACAGCAGCUUUUAUACUUUGUAUUUCGGACACUGUGCUUCAUCACACGACCGGGAAGGGGGGUUUGCACAUAUUUGUUGCUAGGACCUGCAUACCACAGCAUAGCGAAGCAUUCCCAUGUAGCGAAUUCGUCCGCCAGAAAUUGGAUC